AUGCGUUUCUUCAACAUUUUCUUAAUUUUUGCUGUUGUAAUUGCUGCAGUUUGUGCUACACCACAUUUAACAGAAAACGAUGGUGAUGAUAUGGUUAUUCAACCAAGAGUAACUUGUGAUAUUAUUGGUGGAGAAUGGGGUGAUCGUGCAUGUGCUGCUCAUUGUAUUGCUAAAGGAUAUCGUGGUGGAUGGUGUGAUGACAGAAAAGUUUGCAACUGCCGUUAA